AGCCAAAACAUAAUUAAGUUGCUUCUUUAAUGUUAAGAAUUAAGGUUUUGUUAAGUAUAACAGUAUUAAAGUAUUAUUUGAAAUUUUGUUAUUUAUGUGAGGAAUUCGGAGGACCCGAGUUUGAUGUCUUUGCAGCUGCCCCCCCUUUUCCUCACCUCCCAAGUCUCACAGCGCCCCCAGCAGGCAUCAGUGGUGAUGUGCAGCCCUCCACAGCCGGGCUUCCUGGCCAGGAAGGUGAACUCCCUGACUGCACAGCCAAUAAAACGUCGCAGGUUGACGGCUGACGCACAGUUGAUGGAGUCAGGUUUUAGAGAGAUCCCGAGCAGAAACCAGCACAGGACCAUACCAGCCCUCCUGAGGAUGACAAGGAUUUUUCUAGUAAUUUGUGGAGCUUUUUUGUUGCUAGCGACAUUCAUGACGUCCCUUCAGAAAGAGAGGUGGCUGAGUCUACAGCCUCUACCACAUUUCGUAAGACUGAGAAUGCAUCAGAUCUCCCAGGAGUAAGUGAUAGGAGGAGGAGAAGGAAGAUGCAGAGACGUGGAGAAAGCAGUGCCAUGCUGCCGGGAGUCUGUGGAUGAAAAUAUGGCGUCAGACUUCUACUCCAGAGAUGCUCUGUUGGAGAGGGGGACCAUCCCCCUGGACAUCGACAAUGUCCACAUACUGCUGCAGGUGGAACAAGAACAGAUUCAGAAGAGGACCUUCACCAACUGGGUCAAUGCUCAGCUGGCAAAGAAGAGGCCGCCAUGCAUGGUUGUAGAUCUGUUCACUGAUUUCCGUGAUGGCUCCAAACUGUUGGACCUGCUGGAGGUGAUGAGUGGCCAGCACAUUAGUCGGGAGAGAGGCAGGGGAAUGUUUCAGCACAGGAGCAACAUCGAGAAAGCUCUCUCCUUUCUUAAGAAAAAAUCGAUAAAGCUUGUUAACAUACACAUUCCUGACAUUAUUGAUGGUAAACCAUCCAUCAUCCUGGGCCUCAUAUGGACGAUCAUUCUUCAGUAUCAUAUCGAAGAGCUGGCAAGCUCCCUCUCCUUUGACUCCCGUCAGUCCUCUAUGGAGUCUUUGGCCAGUCUCGACACGCACUCCACCCUCUCAAGCCACUCGGCCAGCAGCAGCCCCGUUCCUCCCAGAGGCUCACCACUGCAUCACCAUUUUAGAGUCUCUGCCAAGAAGGCCCUGUUGCUCUGGGUCCGGGAGCAGUGCCACAAAGCUGGCUGCUCAAUAAAUGUAAAAGAUUUCAAGGCUAGCUGGAGGAGUGGAGUGGUUUUCCUGGCUAUCCUGUAUGCUCUGCGACCUGACCUGGUGGAUCUAUCCAAAGCCAGAACAAGAAGCAACAAACAGAACCUGGAGGAAGCCUUUCACAUUGCAGAGAAAGAGCUGAGGAUCCCCAGACUGUUGGAACCUGAUGAUGUGGACGUUCGAGACCCUGAUGAGAAGUCCAUCAUGACUUAUGUGGCUCAGUUCCUGCAGUACUCCAGGGACCUUCCAGUGGGAGAAGAAGAAAUGCAGGCGACACCUGACCGUAAGGCACAGGAAAUGACAUGCUGGCUGGUUCAGGCCUAUGACGAGCUGCUGGAGGGAUGGGACUCCACAGAAGGAGAAAGCUACUCAGAAAGAUAUCAUGUAUUUCAGACCUUUCUGGUAUCCUUUAAUGAGCAGCGACGGCCCAUCAUGCCUUUGUUGACGGCAACAAGAAGAACCUCAAAACUGAGCGAGGAGCAGCGGGCUCUCAGAGAGGCGUGGGAUGCCCUCACUGAAAAGCUCCGUGAGUACAAAGUCGAGUUAGAUAUGAGUCUACCAGCUCCCUUGGACACAGUAGCCCGUUGGCUUUUGAGAACAGAGGAGGCUUUGGGCGAGGAAGAUGGCGACCCCCAGGACCACGGCCGUGCUGCUGAUGAAGCCAGGGAGAAGCACGAGCUGCUCAAAGCUUGCCUGGAGGAGAUGCCACAGCACGUGAAGACCUUCCAGUCCUUCCAGAACAUAGAUGAGUACGGAAACAUGAUGGUUCCUACUGACAAGAUGGAUGAGCUAAAGAGGAGAUUCACCGGUGUGAGAGUGACUGCUAAGUACCAUGGGAUCAAACUAGAAUACAGAGAGCAUCGCCACACUGUUUUGGAUCUGUUGGGGCAGAUCAGGACCAAGUUGCGCGUCUGGAAAAGACCUUAUAUCUCCUCAGAGGCUGUGAGGGUGUUACUGCAAGAAUGGCAUGAACUCGUGAACACACAAGAGCUGCCUUCUUUGUUGGAAACAGCUAUCCGCAAGCUGAAGCAGAUUUCUGAGAAAUAUUCGAGCAAAUCUGCCCUUGCUUCAGAUUACCAGCAUGUCAGUGCGCAGGUGAAGCAGCUGGAGGAGGACUCUGCUGUUGUUUUAGAGGACGUGACCUCAGCAAAAGGCACAAUGGGACGGGUUCUGUCUGCCUGGGACUUGUACAGUGACUGCCUUAGUUCCCUGCAGGCUUGGCUUGAACAGUGCUCUGCAACACACAGCCGCAGAUCUGAGCUGACAUCCGAGUCCAUGGCUGAGUGGGGCUCUCGGCAGGCCCACCUGAAUGAGGUGGGAAACUUCCUGAUUGAGUCAACGGACCCUCAGACCAGCAGGAGCCUGGCAGAGGAGCUUCGAAAAGUCAACAUGCAGUGGGCUGAGUUUGUCAAGAAAAACACUUUUGAAAGCGUUACUGAGCCCAGUGAAGCUAUCCAAGUAAACCCCCAGGACAUUAAGGCUUUUAUCAGAGAAGGCACUCUGAUUCUCAAAGAGCCUCUGGAUGUGAUGGCAGGUCCUUUACGCACCUACAGAAAAAGAUUACAGUUCAUAAUGAGGAAGAUAAAAGAAGUGGAUCUGGAUGCUCUGGCUCCCUCCCCAGAAUGCCCCACAGAUCAAUUACAGAAACUGAAGCUUGCAGUACCAGAAGUCAUGCAGACAUUAUCUGAGGCAGAACAGGUUUGUGUAGAGCUGCAACACAGCGUGUCUGGUCUGGACAGUCGAUUGGCCGAGCUUUUGCUUUGGGAGACUGAAGCCCGGGAGCUCUACCACCUGUUGAGGGCCACAGAUCGGCAACAAAAACAGGCUCAGGCCUCACAAGCCAAGUCCAUUAUUUCCCGUGGUCUACAGCUAGAAGGUCAGGUGGUCACAGAAGAGCAAGACCUGCAAGUGAUAGUGUCCACAAAUCAGAAGAGCUCUCCCAUCCAGUACCUCCAUGCCUCUGCUAUGCAGGACCGAGUGCGAGCUGCUGUUGCUCAGUCACAGGAAGCGGUUGGUAUGCUAAGCAGCCUGGGUGCCAGAAGAGACAGAAGCAGAAGCCCUCCAGAAGGACCUCCUUCAAAAGUCUUUAUUCAAGAUAAAGCAAUGCCUCAACAUUUGACACAGUCAGACACCAAGCAUCAGAAAACCUUUGUGCCAAAGAUAGUGGUACAGGAAUACAGAGAAGAAAAAGUGACGUCUCCUCCAAUGCCGUAUACGUAUGCAGACGCUGUGAAGCAGAUCAGAAAGUCACCACCAGUAGGCCAGCCGCAAGCUUGGGCAGUAGCCACUGCACAAAAGACAAAGGAGACACCAGAUCAAUGGUCACAGCAAGAGCUUGUCCAGGAAGGACUUAGCAGACAGAUGGAAACAGAAUUUCCGCAGCAAGAGUUGGUGCGAAUGCCACCACAGCCAUGUCAGCCCAAACAGGAGCAACAAGAGGUAGAACAGUAUCAAGUUCAACAGCACGUGCUAACUGAUAUACAGGUUGAAACACAAGUUAAACAAACACCAGAACCCAGUGAGCAGACUCCACUUCAGAAACCAACUGUAAAGAAAAAGGUUCUGAGUUCCCAGGAGCUUCAAAUCAGAAAAGCUCAAGCCAUGAAGAACCGCCCAUGGCUUCAGACAUCAACCUUGUCAGAACAGAAAACUCCAGCUCAAGAGCAGGAUUCCACUCAAGAUCCAGUUCAGACUAGACAGACACAGUCAGUAGGAUCAGUUCAGGUCAUUUCACAAAAUGCAGCAACUACCAGGCUACAGUCUGAGGCACAUGCAGAAAUUACUAGGCAGCCACAAGAACAGCAAAAAGCAGAACAGAAGCAAAUACAGCAACCCCAGAAUCUAGAGUAUCAGCAGAUAGAACAUCUGCAACCUCAACAACAACAGAAAGAACAGCAUCAGCAAAAGGAACACCAAAAACAACCACAACUAAAUGUAAGACAAUCACAACAAGACUUAGACACCAUGAAUAAAUCACAGACUGUAACCAUGAGUCAGCCUCAAGCACAAAAAAAGGCCCAAACUCAGUCACAACCCAAUAUUAUGGUUCAGUCCCACACUACUACAGAUACACAGCAACCACUUGUUCCUCAGCCACAUGAACCUGUGAAGGCACAGUCAUCAACCAAGCCACAGACCCAACAGCUACAACCACAGUCUCAGGCUCUGGCUAAAAAAGCUGGACCUCAGCCACCUAUGCAGCCACAAGUACUAGGCCAUGAACAAUCUGUAGCUCAGGUGUCAACAUGGGUGCAAAUCAGACCCCCUUCCGCUAUUCAGGCUCCACUGCAAGGCUCCAUCCAGGCUCCUGUGCCAUCUCACAUUCAGCUUCGUAGUCAUCCACAGUCAUGGGCCCCCGUCCGGCCCCCUUCCCCUAAGCCACCAGCCCAGCCCCAGCCUGCAACCCAUGUUCAGUCAACAAAUAUGGGUCUCACCCAUGCUCAAGCAGUGGAUUAUCCUGAAAUCCAUCCUCAGCCCAAUGUCCAGCAUCAAACACACCCUGCACCCAAGACCCAACUUCAAGUCCAUGCUGAUUCACUGGGACAGUCCCAGACAUAUUUCCAGCCAAUGGCCUAUCCACAAGCUCAUGCCCAGCCAAUGACACAGACAAUGGCUCAGUCACAAGCUAAAACCAAUGUCGAAUCACCACCCCAAACCAAGGUGUAUGCCCAAACUCCAUCACAACCUACAGCUCAGUCACCAGCUCAACCCAAAGUUCUGCCACCAGUCCAAUCCAAAGUGCAAUCAGUGUUGCAACCCAAAUCUCAGGCACAAUUAACCCCGCAGUCCCAUCCUCAGGCUCAGGUGUCGUCACUGCCCAAGGCCCAAACAAUGCCACAGUCCAAGACUCAGUCCCCAAUGCAGACAAGACCUCAGACUCAACCGCCUACUCCACCAAAGACUCAAACCCAGCAGAAAUCUCAACAGCCCCAGACCAUUCUUCUCUCUCAAGUCAGUUUGUUGCCUCAAAGCCAGCCUGAGUCACCCGAACUUAACAUCAAACCUCCCACUCUUGCUCAAGCACCUCCCCAGGCCUACACAGAGGCCUACACCGAGGCUCAGGCUUUGGCUAGGAAUGGCUUUGAGGAGGCCAAACACUGUCUGCAGGCGCACAUCCUUGAAGCUAUUAACGUCUUCAAAGGCAGGCGUGUAUCAGCCGAGCAAGCUUCAGUAAAGGAGGAAACUCUGAGGACACUGGACCCAGAGUUGCUGGAGGGGUUCUUGAGAGCAGCUAAAGGCAUGGAGGCCUUUUGUACCCCCUCGCAGCUCAGGGACAUGGAGUUCUUCACCCAGUCUGUCAGGACACAGUGGGAGGCUUGCUUCUCAGCGGACUUUGCAGAGGCAGAACAGCACCUACAGGCACUGAAAGAGUUGUGUGACACCCUUAGCCCUGAGGAUGCUCACCGCUUGGCCCAGACGCAGCUGAGGGAGUGUGAGAAGAGGCUGGCUGCCAUCCAGCGUCAGUUCAGUGGAGACCAAGAUGCACCACUCCCUGAUUCUAGGAUUCCUGUUGCCUUCAGUGAGGAUCUGAGGACCCAGAAGGAACCUGCUAAACCAAGUGAUAAACCUCAGGUCUCGGCUGAGGUGACAGUGAAGACAGCUGCUGUGGAGAGAAGGGAGGUUGAAAAGCAGAUGUCUGUAGAGGAUGAAGUCUCCAAAAAGGAAGCUUUAGAAAGAUAUGAGAGUUCUAAGAGGGCUCUGCAAGCCCAACUAGCCAAAAAUGAACAGAGCAUCAAGGAUGUCCCAUCUGACUCAGUCUCUCUGAAAGGCCUGCAUACACGGCUCCAGGAAAUACAGUUCUUGAGACAAGAGACUGGGUCUCUUUGGUCUGAGUAUGCAAACCAGUGUUCCCAUUUGAGUGGAAACACUUCUCUGGAGCAGGAGAAAGCAGAGCUGCAGGAUCAGUGGCGCAGCCAACAGUCCAGCCUUCAGAGGAGAGGGAGCUCACUGAGUGCUGCCCUCAGGCAGAUUGAUUCCACUGAGAAUCACAUGGUGGACUUCACCGACCGCCUGGACCGUUACCUGAGACAGCCCAAAGACAUCACUGGCUUCACACUGGCCAAUACGAACAUCCUGAAAGAUAUAAAGGAAUUGGAUGACAACAUACAGAGUGAACUGGAGCAGCUGUCCCGACUGGACCCUGAAUCCAGUGACUUGGAUCCAAGGGAACGCUUCCCUCUGUCCCGUGAAUUUGAGACUCACAAAACCAGCUUGGAUCAACUCCGGCAGCAAGUCCGGAAGAGCGAAGCAGCUGCCCGCGCCCUCGACCGAUUUCUAAUGUCACUGCGCACUGUGGAUGAGGAUAUCUCUGGUAUCCAAGGCCCUACCUGUAGUGAUGCUGUGGUGUUACAGGACUGCCGCUCUAAGCUGGCACUGAUCAGGCAGAGCAUUGACAGUUUGAAAGAGAAAGCGCCUCAGCUGGAUCUACUCCUGCAGGGAGCACGGCUCACAGUCACAAGGGAUGGUGUCCCAGCCUCCUGCCUCGAUAUGGUGAGUGCCCUGCUGAGAAGGCUGGAGGAGGCUGACGGUGGGCUGGCUAGCCAGCAGAAGGUCCUUCAGAAAGAGACCCAAAGCAAAACCCUGGGCCUGAGGAAGAGGACGAUGCUGGGGGAGCUGAAGAAGCUGCAGGAUACGAUUGAAGCACAAGGCCUGAAAGAGGCCACCAUGCCUGCUUUGCAACACAGGCUCCGUGCCCUCUCAGAUUUAGAAGGCCAGCUGCAGGCUCAGAACACUGAGCUUCAGAGCCUCCGUGAAGUCCAAGAGAAACAGGGAGGAGGAGAAAAUCUCUUUCAGGAUCUGGAGACUCAGUGGAGGGAGACUCAGAGGGCUUUUUCUGACAGGAAAAAGCAGUGCAGCACUCUGUUAGAGCUUCUGAAGAAAUUCCAGACCUGCCGGAAUCACCUGAGCAGCACCAUCCAGAAAGCAGAGCAGGCCAUCAGUGAUAAGGCAUCUUACAUAGGAAAAGACAAACUGCAGAAAAGUAUGGCAAAGGUCUGUGAUAUUAAGGAGGAGCUGGCUGGUCUUGGAGCGCCGAGGGAAGAGAUGAGGAGCGUUUGCAGACAGUUGCAGUCUGAACUGAAGAAGUUUCCAGACUGCAGUGAAGCUCCAUUUGAAGCAGAGGCCAACACACUGAUGGACAACUGGCUGGAUGUGACAGAGAAGACAGAUGCCUACAUGGAUAACCUACAAGUAGGGCUGGAGCUGUGGGAGAAGCAGCUGAUGCUGGGGGCAGAGGUGGACAGCUGGGCUGGGGCCAAACUUGCCCUGUUUGCAGAGAGUCAUGCUUUCCACAAUGAGCAACAAGUUCUCACCAUGAAGGAUGAGAUCCAGGCCAAUGAGGAGAACAUUGCACAUUUUCACAAGAAAUCUGUUGAGAUCCAGGAGAUGCUGCAAAGUCAGGAAGCUCCACUGGAGCUACAGGUGAUGGAAACCCAGCUGAGAACGCGAAUGGGGCAGGUGAAGGAACUGUUCACUGAGUGCACAGAUGUUUUUGAGGAGCUAAUAGCUGUGAAGAAGCAUCUAGCUGAGAAGGUAGAGGAGUGUCAGACAGCAACAGAGAACAUCCAGAGUCGUAUCAACGAGAUUAAUGCUUCAGCACCAAAUGUGGAAGCCCAGAUACAGGAUCUGUGUGAGGAUCUAGAGUCUCAAGAAGAGCAGGCUGAGGCUGUACUGAAGGAGGUGAGUUUGGUUUCCAGUGUGGCCAGCCCUCAGGUGCUCGAGACACUCUCUGUUGACUGCAGUAGGCUCACAGAGGCCAUCUCCCGCACCAAAGACAUGAUCCAGCUGAAGAGAGAGGAGAGGGACAAAGGUCUGCUCAAAGUUAUCAGAGAUGAGAAGCAAUCAUUCGAGGAAUGGUUCCAGGACUUGCAGCUGGCAGUCAAUGAGUGCUUUGAGAACCCCGAGAGCAGAACAAAUGUGGAAACAUCUUUGCAAAGACUGGCUGGUUUCUUGAAGUCCAAGGAUGCAGAGAGACGUCUUGACCAGCUGAAAGAUCAGCUAGAGAGAGGCAGGAAGCAGGUUCCACCUCAGCAGCUCUCUGAGUUUACUGACUGGAUGCAGGAGCAGCAGGAGGAAGUGGUCACAUUCAGAACCCACUGCCACAACCGACAGAAACAAAUGGAGUCACUCCUCAGCGACUUGGACAGUCUGCAGAAGCAGCAUGAUAGCCUCCGUCAGUGGCUUCAGAACAAGGAAAAACAGUCUGUGGUGCCUGAAAAAGUCAAGCAACUUCUCAAAGACCUGCAGGACGAGAGUGGUAGAGCUGAGACCCUCAGUGAGCUGUUGGCAUCAAUACGCAGACAAGGUGUCAGAUCUGAGAACCUCCUGAAGGACAGUGAUAACCUGAUACAACGCUACAGAAACCUGGAGGCCAGGCUGCUGAAACAGGCCGAGGCCCAGAGCGUGCUGGAUGGAGAAUACAGUGUGUUUAAUACUCAGGCUGAGAGCACCAGGACCUGGAUCAGUGACCUUUCACAACCUCUCACCAUUCCAGACAGAGACACAAACACGGAGGAGAGAAAGUCCAAAGCACAAGCCAUCCUAAGCUGCAAACCUGAGGGAGACUUUAAAGUGAGCAGCCUGAGAAGACAAAGCAAAAGUCUGUGUGAGAAGGAAGACUUGGACGAACGCAGGAAACAAAACGUUCAGCAGUUGGUUACAGACACAGAAAAACAGUGGAUGACAGCCCUGCAGGCCGCUGAGGAGGCUCUCAGAAAGGCAGAGACACAAGCUAUUCUAGACAAAGACCUCGAUGCGUUCCGAACCCAGAAUGAAAGUGUCCAGUCAUGGAUCAGAGACCAGGACCAGAACCUGAAGUCUUUAGGUGGCCACUUGCAAGUUGAAGAAAAGCUACAGGUUGCACAAGCUGUUCUGAGCUCCAAGCCUAAUGGAGAGUCAAAGCUCCAAGAUCUGAAGCAACAGUGCCAGACUCUGUGUGACAACCAGAGCUUGGAUGAGAGCAGGAGACAAAAGCUUCAUGAUGCAGUCAGACACACAGAGGAGCAGUGGAGGAAAGCCUUGCAGGGUGCCGAGGAGGCUCUCAAAGAGGCAGAGACUGAAAAGGCCACAGAAAGAGACUUUGAUGCUUUGAAAACCCAAAGUGAAAACAUCCAAUCCUGGAUCGAAGAGCAGAAGCAGAAACUAUUGUCCCCUGGUAGUCAUAUGGAGUCUGAAGAAAGGCUGCAGAUUGUACAGACUGUUACGUCUGCCAAACCUGAAGGAGAGUCCAAGUUGCUUGACCUGAAGAGGCAGGGUGAGAGUCUGUGUCAACACCUGGAGGAAAGUAGGAAACCAGAGGUUGAGCAGCUGGUAGCAAACACAGAACAGCAGUGGAGGACAGUUUUAGAGGCUGCUAACCAAGCAGAAGUCAGAGGUCUUUCUGUCGACUUUGACAUCCAGAAUAAAAACACAGAAUCGUGGAUCAGAGAGAGACGACACAAGCUACAGGCCGUGGGCAGUCACACAACACCUGAAGAGAGAUGCCUCACAGCGCAGGCCGUCUUGACUUUGAGAUCCGAGGGUGACUGUAAGGUGAAUAACUUGAGGAGACAAGGCCAGAGUCUGUGUGACCACCAGGAUGUUAAAGAGGGCAGGAAAAAGCAGGUUCAGCAGACCGUCAGAGACAUGGAGGAGCUGUGGAGGGCAGUCCUGCAGGAGGCUAACCAGCUUGAAGCUGCAGCAGAAGCUGAGAUUGCCCAGGAGACUGAGAGGAGAAGGUUGCAGCUGCAAGAUUUUGAUACCUGUCAGCGGGAAACUGAUGGCUGGCUUAAAGACCUCCAAAAACAACUGAACACUUUAGGUGGUGAAACCAAAGCUGAGGACAGGCUGCAUGUAGCACAGGCCAUUAUGAACUUCAAGCUUCAAAACCUCAAGAAAAAAGCCCAGAGCUUGCUUGAUCAGGAGCUUGAUGAGCACAAAAAACAAGAGAUUCAACAAAAAGUCAGAAAGACUGAGGAACAGUGGCUGAGACUCCUGAAAGAAGCUAAAGAAGCUGAAAGGCAGUGUGCUCUGGAUGGCCAGCUGAGGGACUUUGAAGCCACGCGAGAAAAGACCAGAAUCUGGCUGGAAGAGAAGCAGCAGAGCCUUUUCUCUGUCAUCAAUCAGACAGACCCACAACAGACCAUAAGCACUGCACAGACCAUCCUAAGCUGCAAGCCUGAGGGAGACUCUAAGCUGGAAGAACUAAAAAGACUAAGCCAGAGUCUGUCUGACCAAGAGGACCUGGAAGCGAGCGUGAAGCAAAAGGCUCUGCAGACAGUAAAAGACUCAGAGGAGCAGUGGAGGACAGUCCUGGAGACUGCCGAGAACACUCUGAAGAAAGCCGAGGUCCAGUACUCUCUGUCCAGGGAGCUAGAGGCUUUCCGUGCCCAUGCAGGAAGCACUAAAACCUGGGCUGAAGGCCUGCAGAAACAAGCUGAUUCCACGGGGACCAGCACUCAGGGCAGCAUGGCUCAGUUAGAGGACAGACUGAGUACAGCACAGGCCAUCUUGAGAUCGAAGUCAAAUGGUGAGACUCAAGUGAUGGAGCUGAAGAAGCGAGCACAGAGUCUCUGUGACCACAAAGAUCUGGAGAAGAACAUGAUGCUGGAGGUUCAGCAGACAGUCAGAGACACAGAGGAGCGGUGGGGGGCAUUGCUGCGGACUGCUGAGGAGACACAAAGUAAGUUGCAGAGUGUUGUGGACCGCCUGGUGUCCUGUCAGUGCCGGCGAGAGCAGGCAGAGGUGCAUCUGUCUGAGCUUCAGAAGCAAACGUCCAACCUGCCACGUGUCUUCCCGUGGCCGGGCCUGGGAGAGCGGAGGCAGACUGCGGAACAGGCCCGGGCCCUGCUUGACCAGGUUACAGCCUUAGCCCCCACCCUCUCAAACAUCUGCACACAGGCUGCAGAGCUGUUUGAAAUCACACAGGACCAUAGCUGGUCAGACCCCUCCUGGAGAGCUAAGAAGGAGUCUAUACCUGCUCUGCUGAAAGAGCUAACUGCUGCAGUAGCCAACCUGGAGCAGGGCAUUCUGACAGAGCGACAGUGCACCCAACUAUUGGAGCAGCAUGAAGCAGCUCAGGCCUGGCUGAGGGAGCAGGUGAAAGGCCUGGAAUCUCCUCCAGCAGACAGGCAGAGUCUGCACAGUGCUGUGAACACCCUUAAGGCUUUGCUCCAGACAGUGGACAGAGAGCAGAGAGAGAUGAAGGAGCUGGACUCUGCCAGAGACAGUUUGCUAAGCCUCUGCACUCCUGGAGGUCAGGAUGGCCUGACCCUCGAGGUUAGCCAUCUUCAUGACCUCUGUGCCAUCUCAGAGCAGGAGGUGAAGGAGCGCCUGAUCGCCUGUGAGAUGCAGCUAGAGGAACUGGACAGUCAGGUGGCCAAGAGGGCCCAGGGGCUGAAGGAGAAGGCUGCAGCCCUACAGUGGGAGCUCCGCUCUCUAGACCAAGCACUCAGUUACAGUGAACCACAGAACAAUAUUGCUCAGCUUCAACAGCACUGGCACAGCCUACAGAACUGUCAGAAGUCACUGGAGGAUUUGGGUGUGAAAAUUCAUGACCUGCACCAGGAAGUAAAGUCAGCAUCUUCUACCAAUGAGCUGCCAGCAGAAAUAAUUACUGGGGUUGACUCAUUAUGGGAGCGACAUGCCAGCCUAAAAUCUAGGCUCAGUGAACAUCAGGUUACCUGCUCCACAAACACAGCUACCUGUCUCAUGGACUGUCUUCAUACUCUGCAGCAAUGGACCCACAGCAAACCAUCUGAGUCAAUUUCCUCUGUGCAGGUGAUACUAGAGGAAGGCGAAAAGUUGCAGGUCAGCCUAGAGGAGGCACUUUCUCACCGACAGUUUCUAUUGGCCUGUUUAACACCAGACUUGCUUGAGAAACUAGAAAAAGAGGGCUCAGAAACACUCAGAGAAGCACAAACACAAAGGAUUUCUCUGAGUCAGAGCUUAAAGGAACUUAAUCAAAGAAGUAAACAAAAACUUCCUGACAUCCAGUCUUCUGAUGUACUUCAUGAGAAUCUGGAGACAAAGACGACCAUCGUGGCACCGCCACGAAAACAAAAGCGCUUGGCUGAGAAAAAAUCUCAGAGUCCCGUGUCUGCUUCAGAAGCCAUUGCCUUACAAUGUUGCAGCACUUCCCAAGAACCACAAAUUGUAACGAUAGAUUUCACAGAGGUGGUUACUGUACAGACUGAAAAGGCUACGGUGGAGCUGACAACAACCAAGGAAGAGUCAGACAGUCAGAGGUUACCUGCAUCUCCAGAGGAGGCCACAGCAACAACAGAAAUUCCUGCUGUCAGUAAAGGAGAGCGUUCAGCACCCAAAAGAAAGUCAAAGAGUCGUAAAGCUUCCUCAGAACUUGUUAGCAUGGAUUUAUCUGAGACUUUGAAAGAACCUCAAUCUGUGGGUCCCAGCAAGCAAGCUGAGGUCUCUACUUUGGAAAAAACUGAAAUCCUCCCAAGCAGCCAGACUUCAAAGAGUCUUGUGGAGUCUAAGGAAAUGGAGAAAGAACCUGAACGGGAAAAAGCUGCUUUAAGUUCACGAGCAGUCACUGGAACAAGUGAAACUGCUGCUGUAGAAUCAACUGAUCCAACAACAACUGAAAAAAAGUCCGAGAGUCCAAAGGUUUCUCUUGAGCUUGGUAACAAGGACCAGAUUCCAGCCAGUAAGAAACAUGACAGUGAGAUGUUGCCAUUGCCAUCCACAGAGCCAGGAGCUCCUGUUAUUUUGAAAGAUGCAUCUCCAGUCCUAAUUGGACCAAAGUCAGAUGAUGUAGACUUGUCCGUUGCUCCAGAUUCAGCCUCUGUUCAUGAAAGACAUCCUAAUACAGAAACUGAAUUUAUUAAAAAAGAGACUGACAUUUUAAAACCUGGCACAGUUUUAGAGGUGGUCACUGUGCAGACUAAAAAGGCUACGGUGGAGCUGACAAUGACCAAGGAAGUGUCAGACAGUCAGAGGUUACCUGCAGCUCCAGAGGUGGCCACAGUGACAACAGAAAUUCCUGCGGUUGAUAAAGGAAAGCUUUCACCACCAAAAAGAAAGUCAAAGAGUCGUAAAGCUUCCUCAGAACUUGUUAGCAUGGAUUUAUCUGAGACUUUGAAAGAACCUCAAUCUGUGGGUCCCAGCAAGCAAGCUGAGGUUACUACUUUGGAAAAAACGCAAAUCCUCCCAAGUAGCCAGACUUCAAAGAGUCUUGUGGAGUCUAAGGAAAUGGAGAAAGAACCUGAACGGGAAAAAGCUGCUUUAAGUUUACGGGCAGUCACUGGAACAAGUGAAACUGCUGCUGUAGAAUCAACUGAUCCAACAACUGAAAGAAAGUCCAAGAGUCCAAAGGUUUCUCUUGAGCUUGCUGACAAGGACCAGAUUCCAGCCAAAAAGAAACAUGACAGUGAGAUGUUGCCAUUGCCAUCCACAGAGCCAGGAGCUCCUGUUAUUUUGAAAGAUGCAUCUCCAGUACUAAUUGGACCAAAGUCAGAUGAUAUAGACUUGUGUGUUGCUCCAGAUUCAGCCUCUGUUCAUGAAGGACAUCCUGAUCCAGAAACUGAAUUUAUUAAGAAAGAGAUUGACAUUUUAAAACCUGGAGCUCUUUUAGAGGUGGUCACUGUACAGACUGAAAAGGCUACGGUGGAGCUGACAACAACCAAGGAAGAGUCAGACAGUCAGAGGUUACCUGCAUCUCCAGAGGAGGCCACAGCAACAACAGAAAUUCCUGCUGUCAGUAAAGGAGAGCGUUCAGCACCCAAAAGAAAGUCAAAGAGUCGUAAAGCUUCCUCAGAACUUGUUAGCAUGGAUUUAUCUGAGACUUUGAAAGAACCUCAGUCUGUGGGUCCCAGCAAGCAAGCUGAGGUUACUACUUUGGAAAAAACGCAAAUCCUCCCAAGUAGCCAGACUUCAAAGAGUCUUGUGGAGUCUAAGGAAAUGGAGAAAGAACCUGAACGGGAAAAAGCUGCUUUAAGUUCACGGGCAGUCACUGGAACAAGUGAAACUGCUGCUGUAGAAUCAACUGAUCCAACAACAACUGAAAGAAAGUCCGAGAGUCCAAAGGUUUCUCUUGAGCUUGCUAACAAGGACCAGAUUCCAGCCAGAAAGAAACAUGACAGUGAGAUGUUGCCAUUGCCAUCCACAGAGCCAGGAGCUCCUGUUAUUUUGAAAGAUGCAUCUCCAGUCCUAAUUGGACCAAAGUCAGAUGAUGUAGACUUGUGCGUUGCUCCAGAUUCAGCCUCUGUUCAUGAAAGACAUCCUAAUACAGAAACUGAAUUUAUUAAAAAAGAGACUGACAUUUUAAAACCUGGCACAGUUUUAGAGGUGGUCACUGUGCAGACUAAAAAGGCUACGGUGGAGCUGACAAUGACCAAGGAAGUGUCAGACAGUCAGAGGUUACCUGCAGCUCCAGAGGUGGCCACAUUGACAACAGAAAUUCCUGCGCUUGAUAAAGGAAAGCUUUCACCACCAAAAAGAAAGUCAAAGAGUCGUAAAGCUUCCUCAGAACUUGUUAGCAUGGAUUUAUCUGAGACUUUGAAAGAACCUCAAUCUGUGGGUCCCAGCAAGCAAGCUGAGGUUACUACUUUGGAAAAAACUGAAAUCCUCCCAAGUAGCCAGACUUCAAAGAGUCUUGUGGAGUCUAAGGAAAUGGAGAAAGAACCUGAACGGGAAAAAGCUGCUUUAAGUUUACGGGCAGUCACUGGAACAAAUGAAACUGCUGCUGUAGAAUCAACUGAUCCAACAACUGAAAGAAAGUCCAAGAGUCCAAAGGUUUCUCUUGAGCUUGCUGACAAGGACCAGAUUCCAGCCAAAAAGAAACAUGACAGUGAGAUGUUGCCAUUGCCAUCCACAGAGUCAGGAGCUCCUGUUAUUUUGAAAGAUGCAUCUCCAGUACUAAUUGGACCAAAGUCAGAUGAUAUAGACUUGUGUGUUGCUCCAGAUUCAGCCUCUGUUCAUGAAGGACAUCCUGAUCCAGAAACUGAAUUUAUUAAGAAAGAGAUUGACAUUUUAAAACCUGGAGCUCUUUUAGAGGUGGUCACUGUACAGACUGAAAAGGCUACAGUGGAGCUGACAACAACCAAGGAAGAGUCAGACAGUCAGAGGUUACCUGCAUCUCCAGAGGAGGCCACAGCAACAACAGAAAUUCCUGCUGUCAGUAAAGGAGAGCGUUCAGCACCCAAAAGAAAGUCAAAGAGUCGUAAAGCUUCCUCAGAACUUGUUAGCAUGGAUUUAUCUGAGACUUUGAAAGAACCUCAGUCUGUGGGUCCCAGCAAGCAAGCUGAGGUUACUACUUUGGAAAAAACGCAAAUCCUCCCAAGUAGCCAGACUUCAAAGAGUAUUGUGGAGUCUAAGGAAAUGGAGAAAGAACCUGAACGGGAAAAAGCUGCUUUAAGUUCACGGGCAGUCACUGGAACAAGUGAAACUGCUGCUGUAGAAUCAACUGAUCCAACAACAACUGAAAGAAAGUCCGAGAGUCCAAAGGUUUCUCUUGAGCUUGCUAACAAGGACCAGAUUCCAGCCAGAAAGAAACAUGACAGUGAGAUGUUGCCAUUGCCAUCCACAGAGCCAGGAGCUCCUGUUAUUUUGAAAGAUGCAUCUCCAGUCCUAAUUGGACCAAAGUCAGAUGAUGUAGAUUUGUCCGUUGCUCCAGAUUCAGCCUCUGUUCAUGAAAGACAUCCUAAUACAGAAACUGAAUUUAUUAAAAAAGAGACUGACAUUUUAAAACCUGGCACAGUUUUAGAGGUGGUCACUGUGCAGACUAAAAAGGCUACGGUGGAGCUGACAACGACCAAGGAAGUGUCAGACAGUCAGAGGUUACCUGCAGCUCCAGAGGUGGCCACAGUGACAACAGAAAUUCCUGCGGUUGAUAAAGGAAAGCUUUCACCACCGAAAAGAAAGUCAAAGAGUCGUAAAGCUUCCUCAGAACUUGUUAGCAUGGAUUUAUCUGAGACUUUGAAAGAACCUCAAUCUGUGGGUCCCAGCAAGCAAGCUGAGGUUACUACUUUGGAAAAAACUGAAAUCCUCCCAAGCAGGAAGACUUCAAAGAGUCUUGUUGAGUGUAAAAAAAUGGAGAAAGAACCUGACCGGGAAAAAGCUGCUUUAAGUUCAUGGGCAGUCACUGGAACAAGUGAAACUGCUGCUGUAGAAUCAACUGAUCCAACAACUGAAAGAAAGUCCAAGAGUCCAAAGGUUUCUCUUGAGCUUGCUAACAAGGACCAGAUUCCAGCCAGAAAGAAACAUGACAGUGAGAUGUUGCCAUUGCCAUCCACAGAGUCAGGAGCUCCUGUUAUUUUGAAAGAAGCAUCUCCAAUACUAAUUGGACCAAAGUCAGAUGAUGUAGACUUGUGUGUUGCUCCAGGUUCAGCCUCUGUUCAUGAAGGACAUCCUGAUCCAGAAACUGAAUUUAUUAAGAAAGAGAUUGACAUUUUAAAACCUGGGGCUCUUUUAGAGGUGGUUACUGUACAGACUAAAAAGGCUACGGUGGAGCUGACAACGACCAAGGACGUGUCAGACAGUCAGAGGUUACCUGCAUCUCCAGAGCAGGCCACAUUGACAACAGAAAUUCCUGCGAUUGAAAAAGGAAAGCUUUCACCACCGAAAAGAAAGUCAAAGAGUCGUAAAGCUUCCUCAGAACUUGUUAGCAUGGAUUUAUCUGAGACUUUGAAAGAACCUCAAUCUGUGGGUCCCAGCAAGCAUGCUGAGGUUACUACUUUGGAAAAAACUGAAAUCCUCCCAAGCAGGAAGACUUCAAAGAGUCUUGUUGAGUGUAAAAAAAUGGAGAAAGAACCUGAACGGGAAAAACCUGCUUUAAGUUCACGGGCAGUCACUGGAACAAGUGAAACUGCUGCUGUAGAAUCAACUGAUCCAACAACAACUGAAAGAAAGUCCAAGAGUCCAAAGGUUUCGCUGGAGGUCAUUAACACAACAGCAGACUACACCAUAGCACUGUCAGGAGUAAGAGACUCAGACAUAGUGCAACAAAAGCAGCCGCAUCGUCCUUCUAGUGUUACACAUGCAACAAAUAUUGCAGAUUACAUUAACAAAUUAUCAGAUUGUACAGAAGAGAUUCAGAAGAGAUAUUUGGUCCUUGACCUGCCUGAUCGAGCAGUCACUCAGUUGACUGAAACAAGAGCCAUUACCUCUCCCAUUUUUUCAACUGAACAGCCUCCAGUGGCAGAGACAGAAAUAACAAAAAUAACCCCAUCUGAGACAGAGAUCAUUAAGCAAAAUGAAACUAUCAGUCAGCAGACACUCUCAGAAACCUUACAAGUACAACCCGACAUCUUAGAACAUCAUGAUGUGCAAAAUAUUCUGGUCAGCAAGGAUAAAAAGUCUGUUGAUGAGGAAAAUUACAAAGGGGAAGAAAUGAGCAUAAAGACAAUAAUACACAAGUCUGAAAUUAUAACUGUCUCAAUGGAAAAGAGGCCACAGAUGCAUAUGGAGCAGUUAAUUGGACAAUGUGAGAAUAUACCAGAAAGCAAAGUUGAGAUAAGCAGAGUAGAGCUUGUAGAAACCACUGAGAAAGGGAAAGAUUUUAAGGCUGAGAGUUUCUCUACUCAGCCUACCUCUGCUGUUUUUGUAGUUGCACCACUUCAAAAGACAGAGAAAGAACCCUCAGAAAACACUUCCUCUGAGCAAGAAGUAAUGAAACUAAUUGAUACCAUGAGUCUGCUGAGUUUGUCUUCCCAGGAAUUACCACAGGAAAGUCUUAAAGAAAGUAAAGAGUCUGAAGUCCAGGUAGACUGCACUGAAGUGUCCACACAUGCCAUUCAGGUUUCCCCAGAAAGUCAGGACAAAGGAUCUGGCAAUAUAAACCAAAGGGACCCUGAAGUGCAACUACAGCAAAGUGUAGAUAUUGUUGGAAUAAGCAUUAUGAGCAAGAGCGUGCAAGAAAGUCAUACCAAAAUUAAGGAAAAUUUGACUCAGAGAGACUCUGCUCAACCCACCUCUUCUGUUUUGAAGGCACGCCAACAACACGAGACUGAAUUUAUAGAAAUAAGUUUAUAUGAGGACGAUACAGCUAAACAAACCCAAACAGAGACUCAGGUUGAGCUCUUAAAAACCGCAAAGGUGAAAACCAAAGCGGUCAAAGAAAAAAGUGUCCAAAGACAGCAUCUGAUAAUACGUGGCAUGGAUAAUACACAAAAACAUCUGGAUGAAAAGUCUGUUACAAUGGAAGAAGUCCUCAUGGGGCCUCCAGAGUGUAUUCUCCAAGUAGAUGUACCAACCAGUUCAGACGAGCCUGAAAACAGUUCUGUCUCAACAUCCAAAGGACCAACAAUACCUAUUGUUCAAACAAGCAAGCAGAGUGGAAGACAAAAAGAAAAGACUGCUAAAAUGACAGCUGAUGUUAUGCCAGACAAAGAUGCAUUUAAGGUGACUGGAACAAGUACACAAAUCAGCAAAAUUCGAUGUGAAGACAAUGGCUCUCUGGGAGACUCUGCUCAAUCCACCUCAUAUGUUUCAUUACAACCACAAGAGACAAAGUUUAUAGAAAUAAGGUUCAAUGACAAAAACACACUAACUCCGGGCCAAACACAAAAUGUGGAGCUUUUGAAAACUACUCAGGACAGACCUACAGGUAUCAAGGAACUUGAGAUACAAGAAGAGCAUCUUAAAAUGUCAGCAGGAGGAGCGGAUGACAAGUCUGUUACAGGGGAAAAACGGCAGGUGGGGCCUAAAGUGUUUGUUUCAGACUUUGAAAUGCCAACCAGGCAUGAAAAGAUAGAUACACCUCAAGUAAGUGUCCAGUGUGAAAGAGAACCAGAAAACAAAGAUAAGACUGCAGCUGAGGUUCACCCUGAAAAAGCUACAGUCAGAGUAGAGGUACAACAAAUCAACACUGAAAUGCAAGGUGGUGUGGCUAGGAAAGACUCUACUCAACAUGCACGUCUGCAGGCAGGUGAAGGAAAGACAGUGUCUGCAGAAAUAAGCUUAUCUAAGCAAGACACUGUAAAACCAGAAACACUGACUAGGCAAGAGCUCUUCAAAACCACACAGGAUGGAUCAGAGGAGGCCAAACAUUACAACCUGAAAGACAAGGUCUCCACAAAAGAUGUGCUUGAUGCACCCCAAAGCUUUGAGGAAAAAUCAGUUAUAGUAGAGAAAAUUCAGCUGGAGCCUCAAGUGCGAGUUUUACAACUGGAUCUGAGCGACUCCUCUCAGACUGCACUCCUGCAAACUGAACCAGGGACAGCAGCUGCAGAAAUAAGCUUAUCCAAGCAAGACACUGUAAAACCAGGAACAGUGAUGGAGCCAGAGAUCUUGAAAACCACACAGGACAGACCAGAGGAGCUGAAGGACGACAACUUAAAAGAAGAUGUCCCCAAAAAAGAUGUACUCGAUGCACCCAAAGGCCUGAAGAAAUCAUCAGUUACAGUAGAGAAAGUCCAGCUGGAGCCUCAAGUGCAAGUUUUACAGCUGGAUUUAUCCCCCAGUCAUAAAGAACAGGAAAAGACAUUUGUCAUGAUAGCAAAGAAGCCAAGAACAGUUACAGCUCAAACAAGUUUCCAGUGUAGAGGAGAAGAGACUCCAGUUCACCCUGAUGAAGCUAAAGUUACAGUCAAAGUGCAAGAAAUCAUCACUGAAAGAAAAGAGUAUCUGGGUCAGAGUGACUCCUCUCAACCUGCACUCCUGCAAAGUGAACCAGGGAAAACUUCUGCAGAAAUAAGUUUAUCAGAGCAAGACAGUGUAAAACCAGAAACACUGAGUGAGCAAGAGUUCUUGAAAAUCACAAAAUACAGAUCUUUUGUGACUAAGGAACGUGUGCGCCAAGAAGAGCACCCUAAAGCUCAUGGAGUGGAUGAUGCACACAUGAGUCUGGGUGACAAGUCAGUUACAGUGGAGAAAGUCCAGGUGCAGCCUGAGGUGCUUGUUUUACCAACCAGCCACAAGGAGCAUGAAAAACCAUUUGUCUUGAUGUCAAAUGUGCCAAAAACAGAAGAAGCUCAUUCAAGUAUCCAGUCUGAAAGUGCAGCAGUAAACAAAGAUUUGACUACAGCUGAUGUUGAUCCUAAGAAAGCUACAGUUACAGUGAAGGUGCAACAAAUCAUCAGUGAAAGGAAAGGGGAUGUGGCUCAGAUUGACUCCACUCAAACUGCACUUCUGCAGCCAAGAGACACAGAGACAGCAUCUGCAGAAAUAAGCUUAUCAGAGCAAGACACUGUAAAACCAGGAACAGUGACUGAGCUAGAGUUCUUGAAAACCACACAACACAGACCACUGAAGGACGACAACUUAAAAGAAGGUGUCUCCAAAAAAGAUGUACUCGAUGCACCCCAAAGCCUGAAGAAAUCAUCAGUUACAGUAGAGAAAAUCCAGCUGGAGCCUCAAGUGCAAGUUUUACAGCUGGAUUUACCCCCCAGUCAUAAAGAACAGGAAAAGACAUUUGUCAUGUUAGCAAAGGAACCAAGAACAGAUACAGCUCAAACAAGUAUCCAGUGUAGAGGAGAAGAGACUCCAGUUCAUGUUCACCCUGAUGAAGCUAAAGUUACAGUCAAACUGCAAGAAAUCAUCAGUGAAAGGAAAGAGAAUCUGGGUCAGAGUGACUCCUCUCAACCUGCACUCCUGCAAAGUGAACCAGGGACAACUUCUGCAGACUUAUCCAAGCAAGACAGUGUAAAACCAGAAACACUGAGUGAGCAAGACUUCUUGAAAAUAACAAAAUACAGAUCUUUUGUGACUGAGGAACGUGUACGCCAAGAAGAGCACCCUAAAGCUCAUGGAGUGGAUGAUGCACACAUGAGACUGGGUGACAAGUCAGUUACAGUGGAGAAAGUCCAGGUGCAGCCUGAGGUGCUUGUUUUACCAACCAGCCACGAGGAGCAUGAAAAACCAUUUGUCUUGAUGUCAAAUGUGCCAAAAACAGAUGAAGCUCAUUCAAGUAUCCAGUCUGAAAGUGCAGCAGUAAGCAAAGAUUUGACUACAGCUGAUGUUGAUCCUAAGAAAGCUACAGUUACAGUGAAGGUGCAACAAAUCAUCAGUGAAAGGAAAGAGAAUCUGGGUCAGAGUGACUCCUCUCAACCUGCACUCCUGCAAAGUGAACCAGGGACAACUUCUGCAGACUUAUCCAAGCAAGACAGUGUAAAACCAGAAACACUGAGUGAGCAAGACUUCUUGAAAAUAACAAAAUACAGAUCUUUUGUGACUGAGGAACGUGUGUGCCAAGAAGAGCACCCUAAAGCUCAUGGAGUGGAUGAUGCACACAUGAGUCUGGGUGACAAAUCAGUUACAGUAGAGAAAGUCCAAGUGCAGCCUCAAGUGCAAGUUUUACAACUUGAUUUACCCACCAAUCAUAAAGAACAGGAAAAGAGAUUUACCAUGAUGUCAAAGGAGCCAAGGACAGAUACAGCUCAAACAAGUAUCCAGUGUGAAAGAGAACCAGACAAGAAGGAUAAGACCACAGGUGAGAUUCACCCUGAGGACGUAGCAGUUAGAGUGGAGAUGCAACUAAUCAGCAGUCACAGGUCAGAUGAUGUGGAUGUGAGUGACUCCUCUCAAACUGCGCUUCUGCAAAGUGAACCAGGGACAACUUCUGCAGAAAUAAGCUUAUCAACACUGAGUGAGCAAGAGUUCUUGGAAAUCACAAAGUACAGAUCUAUUGUGACUAAGGAACUUGUGCGCCAAGAAGAGCACCCUAAAGCUCAUGGAGUGGAUGAUGCACACAUGAGACUGGGUGACAAGUCAGUUACAGUGGAGAAAGUCCAGGUGCAGCCUGAGGUGCUUGUUUUACCAACCAGCCACGAGGAGCAUGAAAAACCAUUUGUCUUGGUGUCAAAUGUGCCAAAAACAGAUGAAGCUCAUUCAAGUAUCCAGUCUGAAAGUGCAGCAGUAAGCAAAGAUUUGACUACAGCUGAUGUUGAUCCUAAGAAAGCUACAGUUACAGUGAAGGUGCAACAAAUCAUCAGUGAAAGGAAAGGGGAUGUGGCUCAGAUUGACUCCACUCAAACUGCACUUCUGCAGCCAAGUGACACAGAGACAGCAUCUGCAGAAAUAAGCUUAUCAGAGCAAGACACUGUAAAACCAGGAACAGUGACUGAGCUAGAGUUCUUGAAAACCACACAACACAGACCAGAGGAGCUGAAGGACGACAACUUAAAAGAAGGUGUCUCCAAAAAAGAUGUACUCGAUGCACCCCAAAGCCUGAAGAAAUCAUCAGUUACAGUAGAGAAAAUCCAGCUGGAGCCUCAAGUGCAAGUUUUACAGUUGGAUUUACCCCCCAGUCAUAAAGAACAGGAAAAGACAAUUGUCGUGUUAGCAAAGGAACCAAGAACAGAUACAGCUCAAACAAGUAUCCAGUGUAGAGGAGAAGAGACUCCAGUUCAUGUUCACCCUGAUGAAGCUAAAGUUACAGUCAAAGUGCAAGAAAUCAUCACUGAAAGAAAAGAGAAUCUGGGUCAGAGUGACUCCUCUCAACCUGCACUCCUGCAAAGUGAACCAGGGACAACUUCUGCAGACUUAUCCAAGCAAGACAGUGUAAAACCAGAAACACUGAGUGAGCAAGACUUCUUGAAAAUCACAAAAUACAGAUCAUUUGUGACUGAGGAACGUGUGCGCCAAGAAGAGCACCCUAAAGCUCAUAGAGUGGAUGAUGCACACAUGAGACUGGGUGACAAAUCAGUUACAGUGGAGAAAGUCCAGGUGCAGCCUGAGGUGCUUGUUUUACCAACCAGCCACGAGGAGCAUGAAAAACCAUUUGUCUUGAUGUCAAAUGUGUCAAAAACAGAAGAAGCUCAUUCAAGUAUCCAGUCUGAAAGUGCAGCAGUAAGCAAAGAUUUGACUACAGCUGAUGUUGAUCCUAAGAAAGCUACAGUUACAGUGAAGGUGCAACAAAUCAUCAGUGAAAGGAAAGGGGAUGUGGCUCAGAUUGACUCCACUCAAACUGCACUUCUGCAGCCAGGUGACACAGAGACAGCAUCUGCAGAAAUAAGCUUAUCAGAGCAAGACACUGUAAAACCAGGAACAGUGACUGAGCUAGAGUUCUUGAAAACCACACAGCAUAAACCUACCGGAACUGAAGAACUUCGGGUCCAACAAGAGCCGUCUAAAGUGUUAACACGUGGAGUGGCCAUGAGCCUGGGUGACAAGUCUGGCACAGUGGAGAAAAUCCAGGUGCAACCUGAGGCACUUCUGAUACCAACAAUUCAAGGGCAGCAUGAAAAAACAUUUGUCUUGAGGGAAAAUGAGCCAAGAACAGAUAUAACUCCAUCAAGUAUCCAAUGUGAAAUCUCACAAGAACACACAGAUAUGAGUGCAGCUGUGGUUCACUCUAAAGAGGCUGCAGUUAAAGCCACAGUAAAGAUGCAACAAAUUAGGACUGAAACACAGGAAGGUGUGGCUCAGAUUGACUCCACUCAACCUGGACUGCUGCACCCAAGUGAAACAAAGUCAACAACUGUAGAAAUAAGCUUAUCUGAGCAAGACACUGUAAGAUCAGAAACACUGAAUAAGUUGAAGCUCUUGAAUACCACAGAGGAGAGACCAAAGCAAGCCAAGGAUUUCAGCCAGAAAGAAGAGAUUGUUUCUAAAGAUGUACUUGAUGCAUCCCAAAGCCUGAAUGAAAUGUCUGUCACAGUGGAGAAAAUCAACAUAAGGCCUCAAGUGCCCACUCUACAACCAGAUAUACCGGCCCCUAUAAUCACAUCUGUUGCAAUGGCGACAGCUGCAAGAACUGACAGCGAUCAACCAACUACCAAGUCUGAAAAAAUAACAGAAAAACGAGAGCUUAUAUCUUCUGACGCUGAGCAAGAAAAGCCUGCAGCUCAGAUGACCAAGACAGAUGUUCAAGAAAGCUUUACCGAACUCCUGUCAGAACAAGCUGUGCUCCCAAAAGUCCAAUUGGAUAAAAACAGAACAGAUGCAACAAAUAGGAAAGAAGAACAAGAGAAGAAGAAGAAGACAAUUCAGGAAGAGGAAAGAGAAAAAAUCAUCAAUGUAGAACUACCAAUGCAAAUAAGCACAACCACCACUGAAAUCAUGAGGCUUCAGAAAUUGCCACAGGAGCAAGCAUUCAGUACUGACGCAUCACCGCAGGUGGUUCAGAUAUCAUCAGCUGACACUGUACUGGGUAAAGAACCCCAUUUGAAAGGAUUGUCCCCACAGGAAAACAAAGCAGAAGCAAGUGAGGUGGAGACUGAGAAACUAGUAGUGGAGUCACCAGAAGAACCGUCCAUUUUCACAGAGAUACAGCUACUCAAAGACAUGGGACCCAACAGUCAACUCAUUGAGGGUAAACCACUCGAGGAUGCUCCAGAGGUUCUGAUUACAUCCACCUCUAACAUGGACGCUCAUCUAAGUAGGCUAGUAUCUAAACUCCUGAACUGCAAGAACCGCCCAGCUGAGCUAAGCCCAACAGCCAUGGCCCAGCAGGUGGAGGAGGCUCAGACGUGCAGAGAGGUUGCCCUGGCCCAGGUGCUAUUGCUCUCUCAGUUGAGAGGGACUGCUGCUGAGAACAGGGACACUCUAGAGCAUCUGGAGGACCAGUGGAGCAAUGCUGCCCAGGAUGCAGCUAAUGUCAUUCAGAGUAAAGAGACUCAGCUGCAGGUGGUGACUGAUUACUGCCAACAGAUCCAAACAGCCAAGACUACAGUGGACAAAACAACAGCAGAACUGGAUGCUGUGCAAGUGUCCCCUCAAGAGAGCAGCUCCAAGGAGGCAGAGCAACUAGGCUACUUACAGAGAAGUAUGGAGGAGAACAGAACAGUAAUAGGAGAGCUGCUUGUGACCCAUGCUAAAUUGUGUCCCCACCUUACCCGAUAUGAGCAAGCAACCGCAGAGACUGAGCAGAAGAACCUACAAGAAAGGUGGAGAGCUCUGGAAAGAACUGUGGAGAGGAUGCUUCAUCACACAAAUGCCCAUUCUCACAAGACCAGCAAUCUUCUUUUAGAGUUAUCAGAUUUGCAGGAAUGCUUGGAAAUGAUCAGUAAAGACCUUGAAGCCAAGUCUCCAUCAGUUACUCAGUGGAACUGCAAGAAGGCACGGCAGCUGAUGGAGGCAAAUGCUGAAGUUAAAGCAGCCCAGCAGCAGUACCUCCAUUUACAGCAACUAUCAGAGCUGUUGCUCCUUAGCCCACAGUGGGAGAUGGAAACAAAGAAGAUCCAUCAGGGACUCCAGGGGGUUAAAGACAAGAUAUCUUACACAGAGGAACUUGUAUCUACUCAAACCCUGUACAGCAGCAACCCUGUCAUGGAGAAAAUUAUCAUAGUGAUGAGGGAUGGCCUGGCCUGGGCCAGAAAGACAGAGAGUGAUAUUGAGGGCAGGAGGAAAAGAGUGGCACUUCUCCCUGAGGAAGUUCACAGGCAGCUCAGAGAUCUGAAGAAGCUGCAGUCUGAGGUGAUCGCCAAACAAGGCCAGCUGGAGUCACUGGUGGAAGAAAUGACUGAGCUCCUUCCACAGUUGGACCAGACUGAAGAGGUGCCCAUGGUGCACAGUCUUCUGAAACGUCUCGAAGAACUCUCAAAGUCCACCACUGAGAAGUUGUCCAAGGCCGUGAAAGAGGUAGAAUCAGGACUGCAGACAAGAGAAAAGCUAUCUGAACAAAUUGCCGAUCUAGACUCCUGGGUUGUUGCUCAUCUGCACAGAGAGGCAUCCAGGGGUCCAGAUAGUGAGCUCAGGAGCCUUGCUGAACUUGAUCGCAGAGUCCGCCACAUCCAAGAAACUCUGGCUGAGGCUGAGAAGCAGGAAGCAGUCUGUGAGGCUCUUUUAAUUAAAAGUAAAGAUAUUGCCUCUGAACUCAGUGUCACAGAGAACUGUCAGCUUUUUGACAAGCUUACCAACCUCCAGGAGAAUAUCAGAACCAUUAGCAGCCAAGAGAAAAACAACAAAAAGGAGCUGAAUGAACUCAUCCAGACUUUAGAUUCAAGCAAGAAAAACCUGGUCACUGUUGAAAAUAACCUAAGGCAGAUGUUGGUGGAUCUAUGCAGACACAGGUUCCCCAUUACAAGAGAGUCCCUGCAAGCUUUAGAGACUUUCAAACACAUCAUUUUGGAACACAAGUCAAAGGUUGACCUCCUGCAACACUGGAUUCCCAAAGAAAAGACAAAAGAUCUGAACUCUGUCAUCUCUGAGCUGCUCAACAAAAUGCGUACCCUAGAGAUGAAAGCCAGAGACCAUGAGAGGUACCUAAACACGAGGCAGUGCGUGGAGGAUUUCAGAGAAAAUGUUUGGGAGCAGGUACGACAUACCAAAGAAGAUGGCAGUGACAUGGAGGAGAAGUACAAAAUCUGUCAGAACCUGCUCAUCCAGUUUCACCUGAUGAAGGGAUUGUGUGAAGAUGCUCGCUCCAAACUGCUGACGAUCUCUGCUGACCUCUACCCUUCACAGCUGACUGCAGAGCAACAAAGGAUUAAACAAAAUGAGGAGAGUCUCAACACUGCCGAGAUGACGCUCUGUAACAACCUCAGCAUCAUCGAGUGGAACCUGCUGAAGGACCUGGACCUAGAAUCAGAGAGGAAAGCCACUCAGGCCUUCCUUGUGAGAACCGAGAAAGAGCUUCAGAAACUUCCCAUGUUGGAGCCAAACGAUACAACAAUUAACAGAGAAUAUGAGAGAGCGGUGUCUUUGAAAAAGACUGUGGAGUCCAGACUGAGAGCACUGGAGGUGCUGGAGCAAAAGAAGGGAAAGAAAAAAAGAAGUGCAUCUCAAGACCUGACUGAGUUGAAGAAUACAGUCCUGUGUCAAUGUGAAUUACACAUGGAGAACAUCACUCAGGCCAGGGAGUCACUGCGAAGCUACACCUGCUCCGUUAAACAGGCUGUACAGUUCCUGAGGGAUAUCGAGGUGUCUCUGCUACCACCGCAGGGCUCUGCUGGGCUCUGCGGUGACAGGCUAGAGGAGACCCAGCAGGCUUUGGCCUCACUACAGCAGCAGUUCCAAAACUAUGUAGAGCAGCUCCAAAACCAGGCUGCUCUGCAUCCUUACCUGUCCCCACAGAAGGUGGAGCAGCUCCAGGAGAAUAUUCUGAGCCAGCUCCUGGUGAGGAUGUCCACUCUCCAGGCGAAGGGCCAUGUGAAGCUGGAGUGUCUCAGCAGGUGUGCAGAGCAGCACAGAAAUUACAUCAAGUGCCAAGAUGAAAUCAUGCAGAGUGCGAAGAGUACAGAGGACAGGCUCUUACAGCUUAUCUCUCAGAAAGUCACCUGUCUCACUGACUGCACUGACCAGGAGGCAAAUCUUAGAGCACUUGCAGAGGAGAUGGAGGCCCUUCUGAGACGUCUGGAAGAGCUGCAGGAGUGGUGCUCAGAGCAGAGCUGUCGUGGAGCCAGGGAGACCACCAUGAGUUCUAUCUGGAGAUGGGUUUCAAGACUACGUUGUUGCACACAGGAGCUGACAACUCGCAGUAAACAGAGGAUCACAGAAUGGCGUGAUAUCUCAAACAGCGUGGAGAAGGCCUCUGUAUUACUGCAGGAAGUGGAGGCAGAGCUUCCUGAUGGCUCCAAGGUGAAGGCAUCUACUGAGGAGCUUCAGGAUGUGCUGCAGUCCUGGGAACAGUACCAGGACAGACUGGACUGCGAGCACAGAGCCCUCUCUGCACUUGAACUGCGUGCUGCCAGGCUGCUGGGUGUCCCUGCCCACCUGGAGCAAGCUCCUUCUAUUCCACUCUGUCAGCAGCUGCAAACGACGCAGGGCCGAUAUGACAAUGUGAAGCAGAGGAGCAGGGAGGGUUUGCAGGCAGCCAGGCAGGAGCUGGAAGAGAGAGACAAGGUUCGAGAGGAGCUGCGGGGUAUCCAGGUUUGGCUGAAAGCUGCUGAUAGUCUUCUGUCAGAGAUGGAGCAGAGCAGCAGCACUCAGGAGCUACAGGAGCUCUACAGCCAGCUGUGUACCCAGAAGUCUUUGCUGCACCGCAUCAUGGAGAGCCUGAAGAUGAAAUACUCAGAUAUGUACACUCUGGUCCCGGUCGAGAUCGACAGCCAACUGCAGGAAAUCACUAAGUCUCUGCAGCAAGUGGGAGCAAAGGUGGGAGAGGCAAUAGAGAGGAGCGGUCCUGUUCACAGACUGGGCGCAAAGAUGUCUGAUAUCGAAGCUGGCCUGAGAACUGUUCAGAAGAGACUGGAACAGAGGAGCCCCACUGUGAUCGAAGCAAAGAUCACUCAGAAGCGUGUCUGGGAUGAGCUGGAUGUGUGGCACUCGUGUCUGGCAGCACUGGAAGUGGACAUGCAAGACUUAGAGAAGCCCGAGGAGGUGCUGAUCCUCACAGAGAGACUAGUGGAGGUUCAGCAGCUUCACUCCCUUCUGGCCAAACAGGCAGAGCAGAGGACCACCCUAAUCAGCAAGAUUCAAACAUGGCUCCGGGAGCAUCAAGAGAUGAUCAAAAGCUCCAAGAGCUGGAUGUCUGAGGCUCAGUCGUGGCUUGUUGCUCCCUGCACCUACACCACAGCUAAAUGUCUGAGCAGCCACGUUCACGCCCUGCAGAUGGUGCUGGAUGAUUCAGCCCAGAUCCGGACCACGCUGCAGGGCUUCAGCUUGGUCCUGAAGGAAAUGUCGCAGGUUUGCGAUGUCACAGAUCUCCAGGAGCAGCUGGUCGUAGCAGAUCGCCAAGUGGCCGAUGUUCAGGACUGCUUCACAGCUCCUCUGUCUCAGCUGGAGCAUGCUGCCGCUGAAGUGGAGGCGAUUGAGAGUGAAGUCAAGCGGAUGGAGAAUGAUGUAGCUGAGAUCAAAACCUUGCUAUCUUCUCCAGAGACUUUCCCCAGCCCCAGAGAGGAUAGUUUAAAGCUGGUUGAGCAGAGGAUCGAGUCAAUGAGGACAACAGUAGCUGAGAUCCAGAAAUGUAAGCCAGGCCUUUGUCUUCCUGAGAAGGCUGAAGAAACUCUGACUGUCUUUACUGUAGUGGACCAGCUCCAGGCUCUGCUGCUGGAACUGGAGAAGAAGGUUCCUGCAUUAUUCAUCCAACAGCCUCCAACUCCCACACAAGCCAAAGCUCAGUCGACCAAACAGACGACCACUGAACUAAAAAAAUCUACACCUGAGGAGGCUGAGGAAGAGCAGGGUCAGAUCAGAAUUGCCCACGUUGAGGAGGAUGUACUAAAGCGAUCUGGAGCUACACUGAUGACUGUGGAGCAGACCUCACCUGAACAGAGUCAAUCCGGGACACCUGAUAUCACUCAGCAGCGGGAGCAUCAAGGCGUGCUCCAGGUUGAGGAAGCCAGAGAAAAAAUAAACAGUGAGGAACAGGGAGUGGAAGAAGGUGGAGGAGGUAUUUUGUGGUGGCUCUGGGAUACUUUCCUGGGCUCUUCACCAGAGGAACCUGUGGUUGUUGUCUCAGAGGAGACUGAAGCUGCCGCAGGACAAAGCACCGAACAGCCGACAGAAGAUAAAAAGGAUGUUGAGGGCACCACUGACACCACAGAAACAAGUUCAUCUGAAGCUUUAUCAAACCCCGUGGGCACAGUCACAACUCAGUCACUGCCUGAGAGCAUGGUAAACACGGCCUCGACCGAAAACGUCUCCAAAUCCAACUCUGGGUCACAGCAGAGAUGUGUAGAAUCAGAGGAGCCUCAGCAGGCCGGGUCCCGGCCUGGACCUUGCCUUAGUGAAGGUGUCCUCCAUGUGUGUCUGGAGAGGGUCAGCCAGCUGGAGCUGUGGCUGCAGAAAUCCCAGAGGAGCCUUGUAACUGCCAGGGCUGCAUCAACCAUGCAAGACAGCGUGGAGCAACAACUCCUCACCUGCCAGGAGAUGUUUCUCGAGAUUGAGCAGAAGAUAGCCAGCUUGUCAGCUCUCAGUCAAACUUCUGACCAACAGCAGCAGAGUGAACUGGAAGCUGCAGGAUCCCAGCAGGAGGCAGCUGAAUGUCUCGCCACCAAACUGGAACUCCUGAAGAUCAACCUGGUCUCCUUUCAGCAGCUGCUGCAAGACAGACAGGAAGAGCAGAGGAUGAGCAGCCACAAAGAGCCCCAGGAGCAGCGUUCAGUCUCUCAGGCAGAGCACCAACCUGAGUGUAAAUUAAGGUGCAGCAGCAAUGUUCAGGAGAUCCUCUCCUCCCCGAAAAACAAACUGCUCAGACAGAGCAGCCUGCAGCAGCAGAAGGAGUUGGAGCACGAGCUCACCGAACAAAGAGGACUGACUCAGGCCAUCGCCAGGCACGGCAGCCGAGUUCAACUCUGCAGCCAGGAGUCCGAAGACCACAGCCAACCCCCACAAAGGCAGCACACUCUUUCUUUACUCUGUUAUACUGAGAAAAUCCUGGAAAGGAGGUUGAGAGUAGCAGUGGCUAACAGCCAGGACCCCUGUCUGUCAGCCAACAAUGCUACGAUUGAUAUCCAUCAGCCGACAGCCACAACGAGCUGGGCGGACAUAAUGGAGGAAGUGUCCCCGGUUAUGCCCCAGUUGUUCGAGGGGCUCCUCGACCCAACUGAGGGUGAGCCGGCGGAUGAGGAUGCGGAUGGCGAUGCCAACUCCGACCUCCUCGGCCUAGAAGACAUGGAGGAAGAGGAGGAUGACUCCACCUUCCCUGCCCAGCAGUCCAGGCCCCCAAGUGGGGCUGAAGCUGUACCCCCAGUGGACAGCAACUUGUAUGAUGUUUGCAAACGGGCUGCUGCCAAGCUGGGCAUCACAUGGCCAGCAGCCCAGGCGGCUGAAGGGGCAGAACGUGACCUGUAUGAUGGCAAGAGGCUCCCUCCAGCCUCACCACCUGCAAAGCAGCUUCUGCCAGCAGUGCCUGCUUGCAUGAAAGAAAUGAGUCGCUAUUGGUCUAGCCCUUUUAAGAGCAAGCUUCCUACCCAGGGCUGCUCUAAGCUGGAGAUGCAAGGAAUGGGUGAGCUGGGGCUGACCGGACCCCCAGCAGUUGAGCCUUCAGUGGCUUAUCACCUUCACCCUAACCGCAGGUCAGUUUCAGCUUCUUCUAAUAUUUCUCUGCCCAGUAAGAUGGAUCGCCUCACCGCAUCCAUCUAUCAAAGGAUGUACAAAUAUUCAGCACAGUCGGUGUGUUCCCUUAAUGCGGUUACACUGCUGUCAGCUUAUCAGGCAGAGAUUUUAGAGGACAUGGGCCGUCAACUGGACUCGGGGUCUCCAAACCCGGCCCUCUGGGAUGAGAUCUGUGUGGUCAACGAUCUCAUCCUACGCUCCUCCAGGGGAGCAGUCCAGGGUUGUGGGCGUGUAAUGGGUCUUGCAGUCUCAGAGGAGGAAGGUGCUGGAAGAGGCAACCACACCUCCCAGGGUUCAUGGUUCAGAGGCUCCUGGGGUUCCCAGUUCAUCAGGAGCCCUCUCUCGGUUCCCACACCUAGUUCAGAGAGAGGAGAUGUGGGGUCAAAGGGAGCUGGCGCUCUUCGCGAGGGGGACACCUCCAUGCGGGAGGCAGAGGUGACGUCACACGUGUUCAUGGGCCCGCUCUCUGCGCGGCUGGAGCAAUGGCGCGCAUGCGCAGUCCAUCCCUGGGUUAUGGCCACCAUUUCCCAAGGAUACAGGCUUCAGUUCGCAAUGAAACCACCGAAAUUCAACGGAACGUUGAUUUCAGUGGCCAAGGGAGAGUCAGCAAGCGUAUUGGAGGACGAAAUUGCUUCCCUGUUACGCAAACAGGCGAUCAGAGCGGUCCCGAGCGAGGAGGCUCAGCAGGGCUUUUACUCCCGCUAUUUCCUCAUUCCAAAAAAAGAGGGUUCCUCUCUCCGGCCCAUUUUAGAUCUACGUGUAUUGAACAAACACUUGAGAAAGUACACGUUCAGAAUGCUCACACACAAAGCGCUCUGUCGGGCCGUUCACCCAGACGAUUGGUUUGUGACAAUCGACCUCUCAGACGCAUAUUUUCACAUCGCCAUUUAUCCUCCACACAGGAAAUAUCUCAGGUUCGCCUAUCAGAACGCAGCAUACGAGUUUCAGACUAUCCCAUUCGGGCUAUCAUUAGCCCCAAGGGUGUUCAGCAAAUGUGUGGAGGCAGCGCUGUCUCCGUUAAGGAACAGCGGCAUCAGAAUAUUCUCUUACAUAGACGAUUAUCUGAUAUGCUCCCGAUCGCGGGAGCAGGCGAUCAGAGAUUCCAGGGUGGUGGCAAACCACCUUACGGAGCUCGGCUUCAAAAUCAACCUGGAAAAGAGCCGCUUGAAACCCGCACAGUAUACGGAAUAUCUGGGGCUCAUUUUAGAUUCCAGAUCUUAUCGUGUCACGCUUUCAGAGCGCAGGAUCGCAUCCUUCACUCAGUGCCUCUCCCUCUUUCAAGUGGGGAAAGUCGUGCGUUUCCGGCUCUGUCUCCGCCUCCUCGGCCUUAUGGCCUCGGUAAUAAAUGUGGUGCAUUUGGGGCUGCUUAUGAUGAGGGAUUUUCAGCGUUGGGUCACGUCCCUACGUCUGUGCCCUCACCGCCAUCUCGGUCGCAGUGUAAAAAUAACACCGUCAUGUAUAGCGGCUCUCCAACCUUGGAGGAACCCAGCAGCUCUUGCGGCGGGAGUACCUCUGGGCGCGGUGUCAUCCAGGAUGACCCUGACCACAGAUGCAUCUCUGUCAGGGUGGGGCGCAACCAUGAUGGGGAGGGCAGUAAAUGGUGUUUGGUCUCGGAGGCUCUCUCGGGCUCACAUCAACAUACUGGAGCUGCACGCAGUGCGCUUAGCUCUAAGGCAUUUUCUGCCGUAUCUCCAGGGUCGACAUGUUUUGGUGAAAACAGACAACUCUACAGUAGUUGCUUAUAUCAACCGCCAGGGUGGUACUCGUUCCCUGCAGUUGCACAGACUGGCCAGGGAAAUAAUUGUGUGGAGCAGCACAAAAUUCCUCUCCCUUCGGGCAACUCACGUGCCGGGUAUUCUGAACAGGGGGGCGGACCUCCUGUCCAGAGGGAACCCGUUGUUCGGAGAUUGGCGACUUCACCCGCAGGUGGUGGAGCAGAUAUGGCAGAAAUACGGCCGGGCUGCCGUAGAUCUCUUCGCCUCGCAGGAAAACACACAUUGCCCACUGUUUUUCUCCCUGUCAGACCCAGUCGCCCCACUGGGCAUGGACGCUCUGGCCCACCCAUGGCCAGACACACUGCUAUAUGCCUUUCCGCCUCUCAGCCUUAUCUCUCCAACCCUAAUCAGAUUGGCCCCUGGUCUUACUAAAGCAUGCCUGAGGCCAAACCCAGCCUUUGUCCCUAAGGUGAUAGAGUCAUCAUACAGGUUGCAUCCUGCUGAGGCUGAUGAGGAGGAGGACUCUGCUCAGCAGAAGUGGGAUCACCUUCACAGGCAGCUGCUGGCUUUGGAGGGGAGCUGGCUGCUUCCUCCCUCUGAGGUGACAGACUUAUCUGUGAAGCGUAGCAAUGGAACAGCAGGAUGCGUGAUUGCCGCAAAAAACCUGAAAGAGCUCCAGACCUGCAUCAGCCAUCUGAGAGAGUUGGGACACACAUCUGCAGAGCUUCUGAAUCAGGCCUCCCCUGCAGAGGGUACCCAUCAGACCCUUGAUGAGGGUUUGUUUCAUGUAUUGCACGGAGCGUCCCUGUCCCUGACCUCCAUAAACAGCAUGCUGUGCUCACCUGUUCUGAUGACACAUGAAGAAGAAGCCCGGCUGCGGCUGCUGCAUCUGCAGAGUCUCUCAGCAGAACUUGUCACUCUUGGUAGUGAGCUGGUUUCUCAGGGGUCAAAGGUCAGCCAUGUCCUGGGGUCAAAGUGUGGUCAGCAGUGUGUUGACAGUCUGUGCAGAGUACUUCCUGCGGUCCAGGUCGCACUGACCAGCAGAGAGAAGCAGCUCAGGAACCUGCAGGAGGCCAGUGCAGAGAAACAGAAACACCUAAGAGAGUUGCAUGCAGCCUUCACCUCUAACCAUUCAACUGUUCACCAAUUAACUAAUGAACCCAGUGGAAAGCUUGGACUUACUGAACAACUACAGGUUGAUGUUCAGAUCCAGGAGUCUCUGCGGCAGCAGGUCGAGCAGGUCAACUCCCUGCUGGAGGAGGCUGACCGACACAACUUGCCUGCCUGUCUCAUCCACCAGGCCACACAGCUGCAGGGUGAGAUGGACACAGUACUGGGUGGUGUCCGUUCCCACUGUGAGGGGUUAAAGAGCAGUGUGGACCUGCAUAAGCAAUAUGAGUGGCUGGUCCACAGCUUUGAGGAGCUGCUCAGUCUGGGCUCUGAAAUCCUCAUUCAGCAGCCUGACAAGGAGCUCCGGAGCAGGGCCCAGCUCCAGAAGAAGCUAAGCAGUCACAUGAAGUUUUACCAGUUCCUGGGCCAUCAUUUUGAAAUCCUAUGGUACCUGACCAAUAGAGUCCCAGAUAUCUGCCUGGAGAGAUGGGAGGGUAAAAUAAAGGGUAUGCAGGAUGAAGUGGCCCGACUACAGCAGCACGGACUGGAGAAAGGGACCAGGAUGCAGGAAACAUUAGAGAUGUGGUCACAGUGGGAGAAGGACAGUUCCUGGUCUGACUCCAUGAUGAGAAGUAUUGAGACAUCAUUUCCCAAGAUCAUGGAGGGAACUGAGCAGGAAUCAAAGACGCUCUUCAUCUACAAGGAGCUGCAUCGCAUUUUGGAGGAAAAUGAAGCACAGUUCAGUCAGAUGCUGGAGGGAGGCCGGCGACUGCAGAGAGCAGGCCGCGGUGGAGUGGGCGUGUCUGUCUGUAAACUGGAGCUUCGCUGGAGAUCUUUGCACAAGAGGCUGGAGCAUGAAUGCACCAACUUUGACAGAGAAAGGAAACUGAAGAGCAGGUUUCUUCACAACUCUGCUUUGCUGGCUGAGUGGAUGGGCGAGGCCAGACAACGGGUUGACAGAUGGAGUGAGCUCACUUUCUCAGCCAAUGAGGAGAUGGAUGUUGAACAGAGGCGUGAGCACUACCUCCAGUCUGUGGCUUUGACCAAAGAGUUGGAGGCCAAAUCUGAAGUGAAGGUGGCGGUGACCGGCGCUGCAGCCCAGCUGGUCCAGCUGAAGGAAGCACACUCAGACAGAGAUCCCGAGGAUAACGGGACUCCUCUGCCCACGACGUCUGACAUAGAUAUGUGCUCCGUCAACACUCGCCUCAGGCAGAUAGAGCUGGACUGGUCCAGUCUUCUGGUUGAUGUGCCUGUUAUCCAACAGACUCUGCACAAGCAAUGGUUAGAGAUGCAGACACAGCAGGGGGCUCUGCUGGAGGUGCAGGCCUGGGUUGGAGCAGCUGAGUCUCAGUUGAAGGAGUAUUGCAACAAAAUCAACAAAACCUCCUGCACCAACAAUGAUCUCAGCGAGCUCCUGAAAUACUGCAAGGAGUGUCAGACAGAGAUGGGUGCCCAUCAGGUCACAAUGGACUACGUGAACCAGCCAUUACAGCCGUGCAGUACCGAGAAUGACCACAGGUGGCGUUACGAACAAAACCAGUAUGCAGAGGAGCAGGGUUGCCUCAACCUCCAGUGGCUCGGUUUACAGGAAGAACUCAACUCUGAGAUUCAAGAGGUGGAACAAGAGUUGAGGAACAGAGUGGAGAGGGAUGCCCGACUGCAGCAGAUCAACAUCUGGAUCACAGAUGUCAGCCUCUGGAUUGACUCAGCUCAGACACCCAAUAGCCAGACGGAGCUACAAAGGAACAUCAACGCCUGCCAGGAUCUUGAAGAGAAGAUUGUGCAGAAGGCUGCGGCUCUUCAGGAGUUGAUGGACAAAGUUUGUGACAAACGAGAAAACGGGAGCUGUGAUUUCAUCUGUCAAAUAAAUAAAUCCAUCCAGGCCUGUACAGCUCUCACACAGAGGACUGACUCAGUGAAACAGAGGCUGAUUCAGGCCCAGCGGCUGUGGAGCAGCAUGGAGAAGAAGCUGAGUCACAUGAUGCUGAAAACAGUGAGAGCAUCUCAGACUCUGGAUUAUUACAGCAGCCCCUGGCUCUCCCUGCAGGCACACAGAGAUCACCAUGAAAAGCUGAAGCUUCUUCAUGAGGAGACAGAAGCAUCAGAGGCAGAGCGGGAUGAACUUGCUCAAACCAUCCUCUCUCUCAGAGAUAUCAUCAGUCCUGCUGCUGCCGCCAUCAUCGGUAAAUGCCUGGACAAGCAGAGAGACAGUUGGACUGCAGUGACUGGAGCUCUGGGUCAGCAGCUCCAGAGGAGUCAGAAGAUCCUGAUCGUGUGGCAGGUUUAUGACAAGCUUGCUGGGUCUCUGUCAGAGCGACUGAAGACGCUACAAAGUGAUGUCACAUCUGUGCUGAGCAGCACACCUGGGCAAGGCAACACAGUGGAGCUGUUCACUGUCAUGAUACAAAAUGUUCAGAGUCUCAUGGUGAGGACAGACACUUUGCAGUCUGAUCUGGAGGCAGUGCUUGAAGCCUCCAAGGACUUGAUUAGCCACCUGGAACCUUCAGCUGCCAGUCUGGUCCAAUCAGAGAGCCGCUUGUUGUCACGUGGUGUCCUGCAGCUCGGUCAGCGGCUGUCAGGAAAGCUGGGUCACCUGCAGGAGGAGCUUAAGCAGCUGCAGGAGUUUGAAACUACCCUGGAGUCACUGGAGGGAAAUCUGGAGGUCUGGCAGCAGCGCCUGGAGGAUCCAGCUCGGAGGGCGGACCAGUCUGGCCUCAUGGAGCUGAGCGGCCUGUCUGCUGACCUCGAUGUGCUCAAUGAGCUGAGCUGCAGUCUGACACUGGAGGACGCUGCAGCACGACGCCUGCAAUUCCUCAACCGUAGCUGGGCUGACGCUUCUGCUAGAGCUGAGGAGGCCUGCAGUGAGCUGCAGACGGAGGUGUUGAGGCAGCAGAGAUUUGAGCAGAAGUGUGAAAGCUGGAUGUCGUUCCUGCAGAGGAUGGAGAGCAGCCUGGCUGUAGAUGUGGCGGGCUCUUACGGCGGCCUCAGACAGCAGCUCUGUACUCACAAGCACUUUCAGGCUGAGCUGUCCAUUGGUCACCAGAUCCUUCAUUCAGUCAUCACUGAAGCACUUCAUCUGCUGCAGAAAGGAGAGGUGGAGGACAGGAGUGACUUUAUCUUAAAGCUGGCCCAGCUCAGAGAGCACUGGCAGGGAGCAGUACAGCGGGCUGACCAGCGGCGCUCUUUGGUGGAGGGGUUGGUGAAGCACUGGCACCUGUACAGCCGCAGUCUGAGAAAGCUCCAGAGGUUCCUGGCGGACACGCAGACCCUCCUCCCCUCGGCCGGGCUGGCCUGUUGCAGCCUGCAGCAGCUGCGAAGCUCCCUGCAAGACCUGCAGCACACAGAGCUGUUGUUCCAGAGGUAUCAGAGCAGCUUCAUCCACACUCUGGAGGUCGGUCGACAGCUGUUUUCCAUGGGGGACGAGGAGACCCAGACUCAGCUGCAGAUGGAUCUGGGGACGCUGCAGGAGGAGUGGGACAAUCUCCACACUCUACUGAGCAAAAGGAUGGAGCUCACGGAGUCUAUCAUCACGAACUGGGAGCGCUGCGAGGCUGGGCUAACAGACAGCAUGCUGCAGCUUAAAGACAUGAAGACCAGGCUGAACCAGUCAAUGCCAGAGUGUGACGACGACCUGGAGAAUGCAGAGAAAUUCUACAAGAAGAACAAGGUCUCCCUGGAGGACUGGGCGGAGAGCCUGACGGAGCGGAGCACCAUGAAGACGGAUCUGUCCCAGUACAUCAUUGCUGAUGACGUCCUGCUGCUGCAGGAGCAGGUAGAGCACCUGCACUGCCAGUGGGAGGAACUCUGCCUCAAGGUGUCCCUGCGUAAGCAGGAGAUAGCAGACCGUCUGAACGCUUGGAUCAUCUUCAACGAGAAGAACAAGGAGCUGUGUGAGUGGCUGACGCAAAUGGAGAACAAGGUGGCGCACAACUCAGACCUGAACAUUGAGGAAAUGGUGGAGAAACUCAAGAAGGACUGUAUGGAGGAGAUCAACCUGUUCAGUGAGAAUAAAACCCACCUGAAGCAGCUCGGAGAACAGCUCAUCACAGCCAGCAACAAGACAAAGGAGACUGAGAUCAAUGACAAGCUGCAGGAUGUCAACGACCGCUGGCAGCAUCUGUUUGAUCACAUAGAGGCCAGGGUGAGGAAGCUGAAAGAGACACUGGUGACGGUGCAGCAGCUCGAUAAGAACAUGAGCAACCUGCGGACGUGGCUGUCUCGCAUUGAGGCAGAGCUGGCCAAGCCGGUAGUAUACAACAUCUGCCACAGCGAUGAGAUUCAGAAGAAACUAGCUGAGCAACAGGAUCUGCAGCGCGACAUCGAGCAGCACACAGACAGCGUGGCCUCGGUGCUGACACUGUGUGACGUCCUGCUCCACGAUGCCGAUGCCUGCGGCGGCGACUCUGAGAACGACUCGAUCCAGCAGACCACCCGCAGCCUGGACCGCCGCUGGAGAAACAUCUGUGCCAUGUCCAUGGAGAGGAGGAUGAGAAUUGAGGAGACGUGGCGUCUCUGGUGUAAGUUCCUAGAUGACUACUCUCGCUUUGAUGACUGGCUGAAGACGGCAGAGCUCACAGCAGCCAGCCCCGAUUCCGCCGACGUCCUCUACACCAGUGCCAAGGAGGAGCUCAAGAAGUUUGAGGCGUUCCAGCGGCAGGUUCACGAGCGCCUGACUCAGCUGGAGCUGGUCAACAAGCAGUACCGUCGCCUGGCCCGAGAGAACCGCACCGACGCUGCCAGCAAACUCAAGGUCAUGGUCCACGAGGGGAACCAGCGGUGGGACUACCUGCAGAGGAGGGUGGCUGCUGUGCUCCGCAGACUCAAGUAUUUUACAUCUCAGAGGGAAGACUUUGAGGGAACUCGUGAGGCGAUCCUGGUCUGGCUGACUGAGAUGGACCUCCAGCUCACCAAUGUAGAGCACUUCUCAGAGAGCGAUAUCGAAGAGAAAAUGAGAGAGCUAAACGGCUUUCAGCAGGAGAUCACGCUGAACACCAACAAGAUUGAUGCCCUGAUCGUAUUCGGGGAGAACCUGAUCCAGAAGAGUGCUCCUCUGGAUGCUGUGCUAAUCGAGGAUGAGCUGGAGGAGCUUCACUCCUACUGCCAGGAGGUAUUCGGCAGGGUGGCUCGCUUCCAUCACCGCCUCGUCAACAGACGUCCGGUUCUAGAAGAGGAGAGGGAGAUAUCAGACCGUGACACAGACGAUUCACCCGAUCUGACCCCAUCCUGGACAGCGGAGAGGAGGAGGAGGAGGGAGGAGGAGGAAGUUGAAGCUCCAGCGGUGGGAGGAGUUUCAGGUGGACAGCAGGCUAUGUGCCAUCUCCUGGCACCCCCUAUAGAGCGAUCAGGAAGAGAGACUCCUGUCAGUGUGGAUUCCAUCCCACUGGAGUGGGAUCACACGGUUGACGUGGGAGGAUCAUCAUCACACGAGGACGAUGAUGAUGCCACCUUUUUCAGUGCUCUGUCAGUGAAGUCAGUGACUGACCCGCCCAGCUGGCACCAACCUGGCUCCCCGGAGAGGAAACAGAUUCCUCGAGAUAUCAUGCAAGCCCUGAGCUCAUGCCCUACGCAUACCACCAGUACCCCAUACCACCAGCAGGGCUACGCAAAGCUCAUGUCAGAGUGCAGCGGCAGCAUCGAUAGCGUGAAGAGGGUCAAACUCAUCCUGAAUGAUGAGGAGGACCUGGAGGACGCAGGUCUGACCAGCAGCACGGCCAACAAGCAAACCAGCACGGGUGUUAUUGAGCGCUGGGAGCUGCUACAAGCGCAAAAGAACGCAGCGGACAUCAAGCAGGACCUGGAACAGUGGCAGAAGCUUAACUCAGAUCUCUCUGAUGUCACUUCCUGGCUGGGCAGGGUGCUGCCGGAGCUGGAGAGGCUGCAGCGAAUCGCACCGUCCACCAGCAUCCGGGACAUGGAGGUCAACAUCAGGAAACUCAAGGAGAUGCAGAAGAUUUUCAACAGCUACAAGUGUCUGAUGAUUUCCAUCAACCUGAGCAGUCGUCACUUCCUGCGUGGUGACAGCACCGAGCUGCGUGAGCUGCAGGAGGCUCUGAGCUCAGCCAAUCACAGCUGGACUCAGGCGUGCAGCGGCCUGGAGAGCUGGGAGAGGGGGCUGCACUCUGCUCUCAUGCAGUGUCAGGAAUUUCAUGAGACGCUACACUCGCUGCUGUUGUGGCUCGCCCAGGCCGAGGACAAACUUCGUGCUGUGAACCUCAGCGACCAUUCGCACUCCGCACUCCUGCAGCACAGACACACACUCACAGCUCUGCAGGAGGAGCUGCGUGGCCGGCAGAAGCAGGUUUCGUCGCUGCAGGUGAUCUCCUCCCAACUUCUCCUGGAGGCCACUGGAGAGGACAGCAUAGAGGCCAAAGAGAAGGUCCACGUCAUCAGCAACAAACUGCAGCUCCUGCUGCGGCAGGUGGCUGCUGACCUGCGUGCGCUGCAGGGAAUGCUGGAAACCUGCUCGACCAGUUCAGAAGUGGACACCAUCAGCGUGGGAAAGCCCAGCUCAGCCCUGCAGGUGCAAAAGGAGGAGGCUGGUCUACAGGCAGCUACGGUCACACAACCGGCGACUAAAAGGGAGGAGAGACGGGACUCCUCCCCACACCGACCCCUCUUCUACCGGGUCCUGCGAGCUGCCUUCCCCCUACACCUGCUCUUCUUCAUGCUGCUGGUUCUGGCCUGCUUCCUGCCUCUGUCUGAAGAGGACUACAGCUGCACACUGUCCAACAACUUUGCCCGAUCUUUCUACCCCAUGCUGCGCUACACCAACGGCCCACCGCCCACAUGAUCACUGCCACAGCCCUCAGUGGGGAAGUUUAUGUCUGAGUUCUCCUCAUAAAAGAAGGGGUGGGGGGAUCAUACAUGUGAGGUUGAAAUCCCAAAUAGACACCUUAACAAUGUCGAGGUUCGGGGAAAAAAGAAGCACGGCCCUUCAUGUCUGAAGGAAUCUUCAUGCUAAACUUUAUUGCUGCAUUUAAAAAAAAUGUAUUUAUUUAUUUAUUGUUCUAAAUAAGAAGCCAUAUCACUGGAGUGUUUUAAGUUGUGAUUUUUUUUUUAAAUAUGUAGAUUUGCCAGUUGAUGCCCCUGCCGAAACAAGUCCACACUUUUUCAGAUUUAGACAGUGCAACAGAAAAAAGGUUACAAGAUUUAUUUUGAUAUCUGUAUUUUGUAUGCUCACAACAGUGUGAGUGUGAGUGUGUGUGUGUGUGUGUGUGUGCGUGUGUGUGGUAUGAAGGAUUAAAGAAGUUAUUACCAAAGCAUGAAGACAUUUGAGGAGUACACCAGCCAUUUUCUACCACUGCAGCUAUUUGUACUGUUUUUUUUCAUAGAAGCAGCCACUUGUUAAAAGCACAUUUUGUACAGAAGUGAAAAAAGGUGUGUUGUUUUUCUUGUUUUGAUUUAGAGGUAUUUAAGAUGAAAAUUUGUAAGACAGGACAGUUGUUUUUGUUUUGGUAAAUGAUGGUGACAUAUGCCUUUGUGUAGCCAACAGAAUAACUAUACAUUAACUCAUGUCCUUUUUAAGUGUUAUAAAUUAGUCUUUUAUAUAACGGCAAACCACUGAGGGGGGGGCUUCGUUGCUUCUGAGUGUGCUGCUCAAGUGGGCUGAAAUUAAAAACUGACUUGAUCCAUUGAAUUUUGGUGAAAUUUUAAGAGCCAGUGUGGUGAAUAUUUUCCGAUGAUUAUGCAAAAUCUGGAGAACACUUUGGAAUAUUUAAGCAGCUCACUCAACAGCUGGAGCAGCUGUGGUCCUGACAAAGUCGCACAUUAACUGGCUGGCAGCCAACUUUGUUCCCCUGCUCUUCGGUGCUUCUGCUUUAAACAGCGGGCUGUAUUUUCAUGGGUAGCUGGUGGGUCAGAGAGAGACGGAUAAUUACUCAGUGAAAUUCAGGUGUUCAGGAGCUCAGUCACACAAUAAAAAUAUCAAAUUGUUAUAGUAAACAAUAUAAAUACAUUGACAGCAGCAUUAUAAGCAGGUGGAACAAGUUAUGUUCUAAAGUGUUCUGGUCUGCAGCGCGGUAGGAGAACACGACUGCCAUGUUUGGUUCUGGAGAGGUUGACCACUAUUAUCAAAGAGGGCUGCGCCUUCUCCACACACCCUUCCACCAUAAUUCCCAGGAAGGCCGCAGCCCUGCCCGUCACCAAGCCAGCCUUCUUCAGCGGCUCGUUCAGCUUCUUAGUGUGUGAAUACGGGUGCUGUGAGUCCAGAGUUCAUGUGCAGGUUUAACCCCCCCCCAAAAAAAAGGCUAAAAGCUCCAUUCAGCUGGUGGUUUUGAGUCUUGGUUUUGGUCCUGUGUGCGACUUUCUGAUGACAGUUAUUUAUCCACACCCGUGUAUUAUCAAAGGGACUUACCCAACCUAACCAAUGACCUGAAAGCCUCCAAACAUCAACUCCUACAAAAAUGGCUGCAUGUGAGGUUCAGCUGAAAGCUCCAGUGCAGUUGAAUGACAAGUACCGCAGUUUGAGUUGAACUUGAAUGUAAGAAAUCCUUUGAGUGGUGAAUGUAGCUGUGCACAUGCACAAUCAUUAAAUGUAUGUAAUUUCCUGUUAAUGUUAUUGAAAAAUGUAAUAGAGAAAAUUCUGUGAAUGAUUCGAAACUGUACAAAAGUCUGACGGAGCAGAAACGACAAAAAGUGUGUAAAGCUUGAUUUAUUUUGUGAUCUCUUAUUUAUGGGAUGUACUGUUUGUAAUUUUGAACUGACAAUAAACCAUGUUUGCCAUGA